AAAGUCAUGGAGCACGAACGUUCGCCUGAUGGAGAGUUGGGCCCUGACAGGAAACGCCGUCGCAAGGUUCUAUCCUGUAUGGACUGUCGCAGAAGGAAGGUUCAAUGCGACAGAGCGCUUCCGGUGUGUGGAAGGUGUGAGAAGGCUGGCAAGCCAUGCUCGUAUGAAGAUGACAGCCCCUCUCAGCACGCUUCCAGCGCGCAGAGUACAUCUUAUGUUCCACGACAACAGUCGGUGACCAUAAGUAAGGAUGUCUGGGAUGAUAUGUUCAACAGACUCCUACACCAAGAACGUAUGAUCGAGCGAUUGCAGACUGCUCAUGCAAGUCCUACGACUCCUGCUACAGUUUCGAUCGCGACACCCCAAAUCCAUGGAGCUGUCGAAACCCCUAAUGGCUUCNNCAGCGACUCGGCUGCAAAGGAAAGGAUAUUGUUUAGAGGUAAAGGAUUCAAGACGACGUUCUAUGGCCCGUCUGAUGCCAGGAGUGCGAUGACACUUACCGCUCACAACUUCUUUCGGGAAGAGGUCUCUCGCAACCCGGAACUUGUGCGUUGCAGGAGAGAUGUCGCAAAACUGCGCGAAGUGAAGAAAACCCUGGACAAACAAGAAGCGCUCUUGCCGCAUAGAUCUCUAAUCGCCUACCUUCCCGAACGAGCCAAAGUCGAUCUGCUGGUCAGAAUGUACAUCGAAAAUAUUGACUGUACCUACGCAAUACUACACUUUCCCACUUUCCAUCGAGAGUAUGAGGAAUUGUGGCAGGAUCCGCUAAAUGCAAAGCCCGGUUUCAUGGCCACUGUACUUAUGAUCAUGGCAUGUUGUCAAUGUCUUGUUCAUGGGCAACCGCAGACCUAUAUGGCCGACAGUCCAGUUCCUCGUGAAACAGCUAUCACUUUGAUUCACGUAUGCGAAUCUUGGGUAGCCAAAUCAAGCCCAAAGCAUACAAACCUGGCAUGGUUCCAAGUUCAGUGUCUUCUUUUGGUUGCCAAGCAGACUCAUCAAGUGAAGAUGAAGAGACGAUGGGUCGAAUCGGGAAACCUACUACGGAUCGCUGUAUCUGCCGGCAUGCACCGGGAUCCAGAACUGCUGCAGAAGAACGGACUGUCUUCGGUCUUCGAACAUGAGAUGAGAAGAAGAAUAUGGGCAUUCAUUGUCGAAUGGGACUUGCAAAUGUCCGUCGAUAGGGGCAUGCCUGCAACUUCCUUGGAUGUUGCAAGUGAUAUCGGUCCUCCCUCAAAUCUGCACGAUACAGAUUUUGACGAAUCGACCGUCGUUAUGCGGACAUCCAGACCUCUCACAGAGUUGACAAAGAUGACAUACAUGUGUAUGUCUUGCCGAAGCCGAGGUCUGAGAAGGAAAAUCAUCACCAUGUUCAACCAACCUUUACAUCAGGUGUCGUAUGAGGAGGUGUUGGCAUCUACACAGGAACUCGAGUUAAAUCUGGCAUCCUUGCCUGAAUGGGCGGGAGGCAGGCUCAAGGAUCUAACGGCAUUCGAUCAAAGCAUUGCGCUUCUUCAUGUUCAACUGGAACAGUUUCUGAUCAUUCUACAUGCUCAUGCAGCUCGCCAGGCUGGAGCAAAGACGCACACCAACUUCUCUAAGCAGGCAUUCAAGUCUGCUGCUGUCUCAAUCGUGGACAAGCUUUCUGCUUUGUCAAAUAAAGGGUUUAAGUUCCUGCUAAUGGUGCGAUCGGAUAUCCAGAGAGUGUUCACCAGUACAUUGGCGCUUGGAAACACUGACGAUAAGGAUGUAUCGUCGCAAGAUCUGCAUAGCUUGGUACAGCCCUUCCUUGAGCUUGCAGAAAAGGUUCUCGACCUGUUCGAGGANAAAAUUCUAAGCACUGGCGGCAUUCAGUGGACUCAUACAUUCGUCGUUUACGACAUGCUUCUGUGCAAGAUCAGUCCAAUCGGUCGCAACAUACCGUCUCGGCCUGGCAGUGACAGGCUCUUCAGUAUCUGCAAGAAGAUCAUGGCCCAUCAAGAUGCAGACUUCUCCGAAAAGGUGGCUCCUCUGAAGGACUCCGUACCAACUCCUACGAAGAUCAAGAGGCGUCUUGAGAGUAAGACAAACGCGCCGACUACGGAGAUCAACAGUAUUCAGCAGAUGACCACCACCAACAGUGAUUUGAUCCCAGACUUUAGUUAUUCCGACAUGCUUGAUUGGAACUUCGACGAUUGGAUGCUGUAUACUGAUACAUUCUGGACAUCCCAGAACAUGUCUCUGCCAUCAUUUUCAGAGCAAAAUUUACAAUAG